AUGGCAGCGGCGCUCUCGGCCUCGCCAAAUAAAAACAAAUAUUGUUGUUAUGCGCUGGAGCUGCUUCCGGCGGAGGUGUGGUGGCACGUGUUGCAGCAGUUGGAGUUCGGACCGCUGGCGGACGUCGUGUGCCGCACCUUUUGCGCCCUCGCCCUGGGCAGCGAGACUGCGCUAGAGGCGAACACCGGAGCCGUGGCCAGCACGGCACCGCCGCCCUUUGCGCCCCUGCGCACUGCCGCCAUCGCCCACCAAUGGCGCCUCCUGUCUCGCCAGCGCUGGCAGCAGCCUGUGCGCAACGUUGGCCCCUUGGGUCCAUCGCCCCUCAUCCAAAUCAGCACCGGCAUCAUCGGCGAGGCGCUGCUGGCGUCGUACCUGGAGCAGGUGGCGCUCGAGCACGACCUGCUGGUUCCCUCGGCCGCAGCGACAUCGGGAACCGGUGGCCUGACGCUCAAUCACAAGAUACCACCACGCGCGCUCUACGGUCUCGGCUCGCACUUCAGGGAGUCAGAUCCCGGCCGGUCCGAUCAGUCGGUGGUGGCCCGCGCUGUCUUCGCCGAUCUGGAGAACCAGGGCUGGGGAACCUCGAAGCAUCCCUCCAGUGUUCUGUUCGACCGGUCAAACUGCUUCCACACGACCGACAAAACACUAUACGGCUGCUGGCCGCAAGGCCACUACUUGGAGGGCGCCGAGUCCCUCGACGACGUGCUGGACCUGGUCAGGCGGGAGGCCGAGCGCGCCGACACGCUCCAAGCCUUCCAGCUCUUCCACGAUGUUGCAGGUGCCUGUGGCGGCGGAUUCACGACCUUGCUCCUGUCUCGCCUGCAAGAGGAAUACCCCUACACUCUGCUGUCGACGCUGUCCCUUACCACGACUGUCGCCGCCAAAGCCAAAGGAGGCGAGGCCAAGCUGCCGACGACGACGACCGAUAGUCUAGUGGUAUCAUGGUAUGUGCCCUGGGUCGCCGACAAUGCCAAGCAUUCCUUCGGGCGGUGGCACCCGCGACCGAGCCCGUCAUUCGGUAGCCGUGAGGCUGACGUGGCGGGAACGACUGCUGUGACGGCCAUGACCACGGGCGAGAAAGGCAGUCGCCUGCCGCGAGGCAGCUGCACGCUCGUCUCCAAUUCGACCAGCGUGCGACACUCCCUGGAGACAUCGUACAAGAUCUUCAACGCCAUGUUCAGGCGCAAAGUCUACCUGUACGUCACACACUCCGCGCUUCGCUACCAGCAGGAGGCGGCCGAGUACGACAGUGGAAGCUUUGGUUGA